AUGGAUCCUGCUCAAAAUCAACCGAACACUGAACCUCCAGCAGCUCCUGCCGUGGAGGAAGCCCAAGGCGUGAACAAUUCUGAAGCCGAAGCUCCUGCACCAGCUGCACUAUCAUCAGUUUCUCCCGCCAAUCCACCAAUCACCGCAGUGCCGGAAGCCACUGCUCCCACUACAAGCCAAGAAAGCACGAUUCCUGGAGCUGGAUACAAACUGAUAUCGACAAUUGAAGGGCACACCAAAUCGAUUUCAGCUGUGAAGUUUUCGCCAUGUGGAAAGUUUCUCGGAACAAGCAGUGCCGAUAAAACCGUAAAAAUAUGGAACAUGUCUGACUUGAGUUGUGAAAGAACGCUGACUGGUCACAAGCUCGGAGUAAACGAUUUUGCCUGGAGUGCUGACAGUAAAUCGAUUGUCACCGCAUCCGAUGACAAAACGCUGAAGAUUUACGAAGUACCCACAGUAAAAAUGGCGAAAACACUGAAAGGACACACCAAUUAUGUAUUUUGCUGUAACUUCAACCCGCAGUCAUCUCUCGUGGUCUCUGGAUCGUUUGACGAGUCUGUCAGAAUAUGGGAUGUCCGAACCGGAAUGUGUGUUAAAACACUCCCAGCUCAUUCUGAUCCCGUCUCUGCGGUUUCUUUCAAUCGCGAUGGAAGUCUCAUUACGUCUGGUUCGUAUGAUGGUUUGGUUCGAAUCUGGGAUACUGCCAACGGUCAAUGUGUAAAAACACUGGUGGAUGAUGAGAACCCACCAGUUGCAUUCGUGAAGUUCUCUCCAAACGGAAAGUACAUCCUGUCGUCAAAUCUUGAUAACACUCUAAAAUUGUGGGAUUUCGGAAAAGGAAAAACUCUGAAGCAGUACCAAGGUCAUGAAAACAACAAGUACUGCAUUUUUGCAAACUUUUCGGUAACUGGUGGAAAAUGGAUCAUCAGCGGCUCAGAAGAUUGUAAAAUAUACGUCUGGAAUCUUCAGACAAAGGAGGUUGUACAAUCUCUCGAGGGACAUACACAAGCUGUGAUAGCUUCCGAUUGUCAUCCAAUGCAAAAUAUGAUCGCGUCCGGAGCACUCGAACCAGAUAAUACUAUCCGCAUUUGGCGUUCGGAUUCCUAA